AUGCCGAUUGCGGAUGUGCGAGCAUUCAACCGCGCAAUAGUGGAUGCGACGAAGGACUUGGUGUGCGCCUACAAGCCCAACAUCGCAUUCUACGAGGCGCUUGGACUGGAGGGACUGGCCGCGCUGCGGGACACGACCGCGUACAUUCGCAAGACCGCUCCGGAUGCCGUUCUGUUGGCAGACGCCAAGCGCGGCGACAUAGAUUCCACGAGCGUCAAAUACGCCGAGGCGAUGUUCGACUACUGGGGCUUCGAUGCGGUGACGGUGAACGGCUAUAUGGGCGGCGAAUCGCUGUCGCCCUUCUUCAACUAUUCUGACAGGGGCGUGUUCGUGGUGUGCCGCUCGUCCAAUCCUGGCGCGCGCGAGUUCCAGGACAUAAUAGUUUCGCCGGACGCCCAGGAACUUGGUAUGGACGGAUCGGGACAGAAAAUGCCGCUCUACGAAUGGAUGGCCGUGCGCUCGUCAAAGUGGAACGCCAACGGCAACUUGGGGCUGGUGGUCGGCGCAACCUCCCCGGAGCAACUCCGCAUCGUCAGGGAGCAUUGCCCCGGAGUGCCUAUCCUCAUACCCGGCGUGGGAGCGCAGGGCGGCGAAUUAGAGGCGUCUGUGAAGAACGGCAUGGACUGCAGCGAUGACGGAAUGUGCAAGUCGCCCAACAUUCUCAUAAACUCGUCUCGCGGAAUAAUCUACGCGGACCGCAGCGCAGACGGGUUCGCGGACGGCGCGCGCAUGCUGCAGCACGACUGCGUGAUGACAUCAACCGCGUGCUGGCGCAGGAGGGCGCGCCGUGGUAACGCAGUAUGA